UCCACCUAAGGGAGAGACGGGGGGAGAGCACUGGAGGUGGUAGAAGAAGCGAGGAGGAGAUGACGCUAGGGUUGAUCAACGCGAACCCGGUGGUCCACGCGAAGAAGGAGAGGGUCGCUCGAGCCGAGGAUUCCCACGCCGACGACGCCGUCGAUCGCCUCGACGUCUUUGAUUCCGUGAGGGAUAUCAGGGAUCCUGAGCACCCUUACUCCUUGGAGCAGCUCAGUGUUCUCUCAGAGGAGUCCAUCACCGUCGACGAGAAGCUCGGCCGCAUUCAGAUAACCUUCACACCAACGGUUCAAUACUGUAGUAUGGCCACAGUAAUAGGAUUGUGCUUGAGGGUUAAGCUGAUGCAGUGCUUUCCCCCGCAUUUCAAGGUUGACAUAAAUGUAACUCCAGGUUCUCAUGCAGAUGAAGAAUCAGUUAACAAACAGUUGAAUGACAAGGAAAGAGUUGCUGCAGCACUUGAGAAUCCCAACCUUCGCCAGCUUGUGGAUGAGUGUCUCUACUCCAGUGAACUCUACUCGCUUUAACUUGUUUUCAAAGUUGUCUUCUUGGAUAGUAGCUAUUCAUGUAUUAUGCAAUUGAUAUAAUGGUUGGUUCAUAUAAAUCUGUAUCUGAUUAUCAAACCAGCUUGAUGUUAUUGUUGAUGUCUGUUUGCUUGCUCAGCUUACAGAAUAUCUCUUUGUGGAAGUUAUUGUUGUACUUAUUCUUAGUGGCGUUUCUAUGGCAUUUUCUUGGUUUCACAUU